UGCAGAAACAAUUUCUACAAUUGAUCUGGGUGGAAAGUGCAGAAACUGGAUUGUGGAAAGUAUUUGGCCUUUUCUAAAGAUGAAGCAGCUGCUGAUACUAUCUGCUCUGGCAGUAUUGUCCAUGGUAGAAAGCCAGGAGAUCACAAAGAUAGAUGCUUGCACCAUAGAAACCAAGAAACUGCGUGUUGAUUGCAACUACAGAAAGAGCAGCACUGGUGCCAUCAAAUAUGAAUGGAGUCUCAUCACAGAAAAGAACGAAAUAUUGUUGAUCAACAGCACCCUCAACCCCGAGAAGGGACACCCCGCUUUCAAGAAUCGUGCAGAAGUAGACAUGACAGAUGUGUUGCUGCGUCUCACCUUAACUGGGUUCGGUAAAUCUGAUGAGGGGAAAUACAUGUGCCGUCUUUGUUCAGACACUGAAGUAAAGAAUGACUAUAACAAAACAAUUCCAGUUAAGCAUGGAGAUAUUGCAACCUGUGGUGCCUUUGGACUUGUGCUGAGCAGUCCCUGGAUGUUGAGCCUCCUCCUCUCACUCACUGUCCUUCAAGCCCUGGAUGCACUGCCCUGCGGAAGUCAAAACUAACGUUCAUCAACUGGAACAGAACUGGCAAUGACUGCAUCUCCUUGGCAGAAUGAGCGAUUGUUCUAUGUUGUUAUCCCAUCACCCCAGCCCCUGCCCUGCUCCACCACCCCCUCACCCCUGCCUCUUCUCUCUCUCUCUCUCUCAUUUGCAAUUUUGUUUUUUAAUUUUAUUUAUAAUGUCAGUGACUUCGCUGGGCAGAGAUGGAAUUUCAAUAAGUUGGCAUCACGUGAAGGAGCCAAUCCCAAUCUCUGCUUUCCAUCUCUGAUCUCUCCUGUGGGUAACCCUGUCAGGCAGGGGGAUCACAGCCAACAGAGGCUGCAGAGGUUGCAGUGAUAUUGGAGUGAAGGGGUAAUCAUCCUGAUGAUGCAGAUUAAGGGCAGUAUGGAGGGAAGGUAAGAGAGAUAGAUAGAUAGAGAUAGAGAGAGGGCUGUUUUGGGGUUCAGCCCCUGGAGACUCUCUGAUCAAGGCUACUCUUCCAGCACCUGUGCUCCAAACCUGUGAUCAUAACUUUCGGAUAACACAAAUGAACAAAUUAAUAUAAGUGCUUUAGCCUCUACUGAAUAUAUUGCUAACCUGCUCAGAUAUGUAGCUAUAUAUUGGGAAGUCCAACUCUGCUAAAUUGAAUGUAUUUUCUAUGUAUGCUGAGUGGCUGUGCAGUGGAAUUUUUAAAAUUGCCAAAUAUCCAAUGUGUCCAAUAAAAUAUGAAAUAAUGAUAUCCAAUAAAUAUUAGCCAUUUCCUUUUCUCAAA